CUGGCUUUAGUUUCCUCUUCAGUCACGUCUAAUAAACUGCAGGAGACACAAACACAGAUAUUAACAGAGCAACUUUACCAGCAGUAACAGUCAUGAGUUCAGCUCUGUAUCUGAUCCUGCUUUUCUCAGCUCUGUGGACUCUCUCCUUCUGUGGGACUCGUCAGUUUCAUGUGGUGAAUGAAACGAAGAACUGGACCGACGCUCAGAAAUACUGCAGAGAGAAAUUCACUGACCUGGCCAUUAUUGAGAGCCAACAGGAGAUGAACGCUGUAAUAGCUGUUCUCAACGGGACAGCAGACGAUUUCUGGAUUGGAAUGAGGAAGAAUUACACUAGCUGGAUCUGGUCAGAUGGGAGUAACUCCUCAUACACAUACUGGAACACUGGAGAGCCAAACAACGGUGGGGGUGAUUACUGUGUGCAGUUAUUGAAGGACUCUACAUACAAAUGGAAUGAUGACUACUGCACUUCCCCAAAUCCCUUUAUCUGCUAUAAAGAGCUUCCGCUCAUCCUGAUUAAUCAGACCAAGACGUGGAGAGAAGCUCUGAGAUACUGCAGAGUGAAUCAUGUGGAUCUGGUCUCUGUUCACACUGAGGAAAUUCAGAACUGGGUGGAAACAGCUGUUGAUUAUGCCUCCACUGCUAAUGUGUGGAUGGGUCUGCGUCACACCUGCACCCUGAAUAUCUGGUUCUGGGUGAAUGGAGAGUCGAUGUGCUAUGAUAACUGGGCUCCGGGGAACGGGACAGGGGUGGAAGACUGCAGUGGAGGAGAAAGAACAGGAGCGGUGCAGUCUGGAAGUAAGAAGUGGGUCAGUCUGCCAGAGGAUCAGAGACUCAACUUCAUCUGUACCAUCAAAGAGUUCUAGAAGUGGAUGCAGGCUGUUCAAAUGGAUCCUCAUAAUUCAGGUUCAUAUGGAUGUUUGACGGCCUUUUCUUCAUCAACACACGCAUUCUUUGGCACAUAUUUACAACAAUUCAGUUUAAUCAAACACAAAUUUAUAUAUUACUGAGAAUACUAUGCUUUCUUGUCAACAAUAUCUAAAGACCAGUAGUGACCCAUGACUUUUAGAGCUAGUUGCUAAACUUAUCUGCCCCCUGCUGCUUUCUGGGUGGGUCAGUUGGUUACCUGGCCUGACCCUGUCAUUUUUUAAUUAGGUCAGUAGUUUAUCUACUGUGUAAGGCUUUCUGUUCAUUUCCUGAAGUCCUACCCAAUGGGAGAACUCUCACGGCUUUAUUUAAAAUGUCAAGAUUGUAACCCUUUUGUUUCUAACUACUGUAAAACUUUACAAUGAAAUAUAAAUAAUACUACAAUA